AUGUUUGCUUGUGAGCAAGUUAGAUAUCGUCCAAACACGCCUCUUUUGCUUAAAGGGAUUACUUUAAAGAUUCAAGGGGGCCAAAAGAUUGGUGUUGUUGGUAGAACAGGUGGAGGAAAAUCAACUUUGAUACAGGUUAUGUUUAGGCUGGCGGAGCCCGCUGGAGGAAGUAUUAUGAUUGAUGGUAUUGACAUCUCAACGCUUGGGCUUCAGGAUCUUAGGUCCCGAUUUGACAUCAUUCCCCAAGAACCAGUCCUUUUUGAAGGUAUUGUCAUUGGUCAACAUUCUGAUGAUGAGAUAUGGAAGAUGAUGCACAUGGAUAAGAUAUCAAUCGAUCUCCGAUGUUCACUCGAUGAGCUUCGACGGCCUUAA